CUGAUAGUUGAUAUUGAAAUACACAAUAUAAGAACUGGAGAAAUUACAUUAAUGUAUGUUGGUCUGUUUUUAAAGAUAUUAAAAUCAGGCUUCUAGCAAAGUGAUAUCUAGCACUUUUGAGAGCUGACCAAGAUCUAAAGCUAGCAUUGCAGCUGUUUGGCCGCUUGUGUUUCGUAAACGACGAACAUCUUGCUCUACCGUUGUAGGUAAGCGACCUAACCCCAUAGCAGAUGCUGUAUCGUGCACUUGUGAAGGGAAUUGAUGUUCGGUUAAUGUCGAAGAAAGCCAUAAAAGCAACCAGAUAGCCCCUUCGUGGCCACCCUCAACGGCCAAGUGAAGACCGCUUGUCAUAUUAGACAGCGGGUCUUGAUAGCGAACAAUAGACCCAAUGUCUGCAACUUCAGAAUCUGCGUGGAUUAGAAGCUCGAUUAAGCCAUCAAUGUCGCCUUCGGCGCACAUGACGCUGAACGCUCUGGCAGGUAACGCUUCUGGGUGUUCUUGAACGUAUGCUUCUUCAUUCAACGAAGCCCAUAAUGGCAGGUUAGAUUGAAGGCCACCUUCAUUUAAGUAUUCGACAUAUAUUUCAGGGGUGCUGCUGGACGAGCUUGCUGUUGCUCCAGAGCCCGCUGCCCCUACAUGUACAUCGCAAGACGGGCAUUUUAAAGACUGUACAACAGACGAUGCCUCGUCCAUUAGACAUUGCCUAAAGAAUGGAUGUUUCGUAUCAGUACAGGCCAUCAAUACGGUAGUCUUCCAAAGAAAUUUGCGGUGUUAGCUUGUGCUAAGACAUACCAAUGAAAGUGACAAUGGCAAAUCAGCUCUACAUCGUCUGGGAUUUCUUCGCUAGAAACAGCACUGCCAUCUUCAAUAUCAACUUCACUCUCUAAGAAGAGCUUUUGAUCGCAAGCACUACAAAUAGCCAUCUUUGAUUUCCCCCCUUUGGUUUAAAAAAAAAAUCAGAGUCUGGCGUGUUCGUCCCGGUGUUUAGUGUCGACACCACGAGACUGACUUGGCUGACAGAAAAAUUGGUUGCAAGUGUUGGCCCCACACCAGUGUCGAAACUUGGAGAGGCUGCAGUAAGAAGCUAACCAGUUAGCUACAUUGUCCUUCAUUCAUAUUAGCAGGCGUAUUCAGAAAAGGCAGCUAUAAAUAGUUUGCCGUCUGAUAUAUCACUUCCAGACGGUACAGAACACUGGAGGAGGCGCAACUAGGUGCCUGGCACUCGGUGUCGCCGGAUGUAGAAGCCAACUUCGCCAACAGCCACAGUGACGUACCCUCAUCCGCCGCGCGUAAAACCUGCCCCACUACCUCACACCCCGCCUCGUGAGAACAGGAGCCGCCUCCUUUCCCUUAGCACCAUCAAGAGUCUCUUGCUUCCUUUUAAAUCGGAUAAUCAUACGUCAAAGACCACAGGGAACGCCUUGCGACAAUCUUCAGGACCAUUACAUUAGCUAAAUCGUCUACCAUACGGUAACCCCAGCGCUCGACGGAUAUCCAGUGCGCUCAUCAUGAAUGUCCUCAAGCUCCAGAGGAAAUUUCCUCAAUUCCCUCAAAAUGAGAUCUUCACCCUAUCGGAUGCAUUCCAGCGACUAGACGUUGAUGAUAAAGGCUACCUCGACGAGGCCACCGCGAUCAAGGCAACGCAGCAGAGUGAAAAUUUGCCCUACGAUGUUGUUAGACAGGCCCUCAAACAAGUGGAACUCGAUUCAUCUCGUCGAGUAGAGCUGGAAGACUAUGUUGGCCUCAUCGCCAAACUGCGAGAUGCGCCAGCGCCCCAGAGCCAAGCGCCCUCUGCUACCACGAAACCCGCUCCUCCUAGUGUUGUUUCCCAACGCACCGGUAGCCAUUCUUCGAAGCCAAGUGUAGGCGGCAAAAUUCAAGUCCAAGGAUCCAGUGCAAACAUCACACACACUAUUAACGAAGACGAACGAACGGAAUUUACUCGCCAUAUCAAUGCGGUUCUGGCUGGAGAUGUCGACAUUGGCUCUCGUUUACCUUUUCCCACCGACACAUUCGAAAUGUUUGACGAGUGCAAAGAUGGCUUAGUCCUCGCCAAGCUCAUCAACGACAGUGUCCCUGAUACUAUCGACGAGCGUGUACUCAAUCGCCCUGGAAAGAAGAUCAAAGCACUUAAUGCCUUCCAGAUGAGUGAAAACAACAACAUCGUUAUCGAAUCCUGCAAAGGCAUUGGUUGUUCCGUGGUCAAUAUCGGAGCCGGCGACAUUAUCGAAGUCCGAGAGCACCUUAUUCUCGGCCUGAUUUGGCAAAUCAUCCGUCGCGGUCUGCUGAGCAAGAUUGAUAUCAAAUUGCAUCCUGAGCUUUAUCGUUUGCUGGACGAAGAUGAGACGUUGGAACAGUUCCUCAGACUUCCACCAGAGCAGAUUCUGCUCCGUUGGUUCAACUACCACCUCAAGGCCGCAGGUUGGGCAAGACGCGUCAACAACUUCUCAUCCGACGUAAAGGAUGGCGAAAACUACACAGUCCUACUAGCUCAAAUUGGCAGCGAAUAUGGAUGCACUAGGGCUGCUCUGCAAACACGCGACUUACAUGAGAGAGCUGAAGAGGUACUUUGCGAGGCAGACAAACUCGGAUGUCGCAAAUUUUUGAGCCCUACAUCGCUUGUAGCUGGAAACCCCAAACUGAACCUCGCCUUCGUCGCAAACUUGUUCAACAACCACCCGGCCCUGGAUCCUAUCACCGAAGAAGAGAAACUUGAGGUUGAAGAUUUCGACGCAGAAGGUGAGCGAGAGGCGAGAGUUUUCACCCUCUGGCUCAAUAGUCUGGACGUACAGCCUGCUGUGGUGUCGUUUUUCGAUGACUUGAGAGAUGGCAACAUCCUUCUUCAAGCUUACGACAAGGUCAUCCUGGGUUCGGUCAACUGGCGUCAUGUCAACAAGCCUCCAGCCCAUGGAGGCGAAGUUUCAAGAUUCAAGGCCGUUGAAAACACCAAUUACGCUAUCGAAUUAGGCAAGCAGAUUGGGUUCUCCUUGGUCGGAAUUCAAGGUGCAGAUAUCACCGAUGGCCAAAGAACUUUAACACUCGGUCUCGUCUGGCAGCUUAUGAGAAAGAAUAUCACCGUUACUUUGUCAUCCCUUGCUCAAAAGCUUGGCAAGCGCGAAAUCACAGACGCGGAAAUGGUACGAUGGGCCAAUGACAUGUCCAAGCAAGGUGGAAAGUCAUCGGCUAUUCGAUCGUUCAAAGAUCCAUCUAUCGGAUCCGGAAUCUUUUUACUGGAUGUUUUGAAUGGAAUUAAGAGCAGCUAUGUCGAUUACGACCUUGUCACGGUCGGACGAACAGAUGAGGAAGCGUACAUGAACGCAAAGCUUAGCAUCAGCAUAGCGCGAAAGCUUGGUGCCACGAUCUGGCUUGUCCCUGAAGAUAUCUGCCAAGUUCGUAGUCGCCUUGUGACUACAUUCAUCGGCUCACUAAUGGCAGCGCAUGAAAAGAUGUAAAUAGAAAAACACCUACUAUAGCCGUCCGGAUAAUUAGCUAGUAAAACAUUCUCUUUAGGAAUUAUAUAAAAGGAUUUUGCUGCAUGAAAUUAAAUAUCAGAAAAACAUUGUCUUC